AUGAUUGUGAGAAUGAGAUCGAUUGAUGUUCGUGUCAUCAAUCUUGAUGCUGCUUCUCACUGUCGCAAGGAUCCUGACAAGGUCCUUCGCAAUGGCGAACGUGACAAGAAACGCAAGUAUCUCGACGCCUGUCUUUCCCAACGCCGCCACUUUACUCCGUUUGUUGUCUCUGCUGAUGGUCUCCUUGGGACCGAAGCUGAGGCACUCGCGAAACGUAUUUCCGCUUUGCUCGCUGCAAAGUGGGAACGCCCUUACUCAGUGGUGCGUGGCAACGUUAAUGCUCGGCUCAGCCUAGAUAUUCUUCGGGCCCGCCACCUCUGCAUGCGUGGCUCUCGUGUCCCAGCUGGCACAAUGAGCUACCGUCGUUCUCUCUGGGAUGCCGAUGGUGCACUUGCACUCUUCCGCUAA